AUGAGUCAACGGCAGAUCGUCCAAGCUUUCGAGCACUAUCAGAAAUCACGGAUGCAGUUUGUGCAAACUGUUGCGGAUUUGGCCAACAGACCGCAGAACAUAGAAAUGCUCCAAAAUGCGGGUGUGAUGUCCUUGCUGCGCCCCCUGAUGCUGGAUGUGGUCCCCAGUAUCCAGCAGACGGCGGCUCUGGCUCUGGGUCGUCUGGCGGACCACAGUGAUGACCUGGCCGAGGCCGUGGUGCGGGAGGACAUCCUGCCCCAGCUGGUCCACUCCCUGGCCUCCCAUAACAGGUUUUAUAAGAAGGCGGCUGUGUUUGUGCUUCGUGCCGUGGCCAAACACUCUCCAGAGCUGUCCCAGGCCGUGGUGGGCUGUGGGGGGGUGGACGCCCUGGUUCUGUGCCUGGAGGAGUUUGACCCUGGGGUGAAGGAGGCUGCUGCCUGGGCUCUGGGAUACAUCGCACGACAUAACGCAUCGCUGUCCCAGGCGGUUGUAGAUGCGGGUGCGGUUCCGCUGCUGGUGUUGUGUCUUCUGGAACCGGAAAUGGCCCUCAAACGCAUCGCAGCCUCCACCUUGAGUGACAUCUCCAAACACUCACCGGAACUGGCCCAGACUGUGGUGGACACCGGGGCCAUUGCGCACUUGGCUCAGAUGAUCCUCAACCCGGACGCAAAACUGAAGAGGCAGGUGUUUGCAGCCCUCAGUCAGAUCAGUAAACACUCCUUCAGUCUGGCAGAGAUGGUGGUGGAGGCGGAGGUGUUCCCAGCAGCAGUGGCGUGUCUCAAAGACCCAGAUGAAUAUGUUAGGAAAAAUGUAGCCACACUGAUGAGGGAGGUGGUCAAACACACACCAGAGCUGUCCCAGGUGAUGGUGAACUGCGGUGGGAUGGUGGCAGUGAUCGACUACCUGGGUGAGAGCAGUGGGAACCUGCGUCUGCCUGGGAUCAUGAUGCUGGGAUAUGUGGCGGCCCACAGUGAGAACCUGGCCAUGGCUGUCAUUCUGUCCAAGGGGGUGCCCCAGCUGGCUCUGUGUCUGUCGGAGGAGUCGGAGCAGCACAUGAAGGCGGCCGCGGUGUGGUCCGUGGGUCAGAUCGGCCACCACACCCCUGAACACGCCAAAGCUGUGGCCACGGCCCACCUGCUGCCCAAACUACUGGAGCUGUACAUGGACGCCAACAGCUCCGAGGACCUGCAGAGCAAGAGUAAGAAGGCUUUGAAGAGCAUCCUGCAGAAAUGCACCCACCUACCCAGUCUGGAACCCCUCCUCUAUGACGCGCCCUCCAACAUCCUCAAACACGUGGUCUGCCAGUUCAGCAAGGUGCUGCCUCAUGACAGUAAGGCUCGUCGUCUGUUUGUGACCAGCGGAGGGCUGAAGAAAGUGCAAGAGAUCGAUGCAGAGCCCGGCUCGCCUUUACAGGAGUACAUCAACGCCAUAAACAGCUGUUUCCCCGAAGAGAUAGUCAGGUACUACUCCCCUGGUUACUCGGAAGUCCUCCUGGAGCGUCUAGAAAACUACCAGCCAGCAUGAAUUCAUCCUGUGACCAUGUAAACAUGACUGUGCUCUACAUGUAUGGCUGUACAGUAAAUUUGACAGUUUUAUCAAACAGCAGCAUUUUAAUUUGUGCUUCUAUAAGCCUUUUUUUGAUUGCACACUAAUAAGUUUUUAAAUGACAUUCUGUUAAUUAACAUGUAUGUUAGUCGUAACAGG